GCUGCAUCCAAAAAAAAAAAAGAAAAAAAAGUUAACAGGAAUUUAACACUCAGUAGCGUUAGUCCUCUGAAAGUGGAAUAUAAGUCUCCUGAAGGGUGUUCGGUCAGGUUUGUGGAAGGAGAGGAUGGACCGAGCGUCAAGCUCCAGCCCCACGGGUCAGACACCUCAGCCUGGCCCACACGAACCCAUCAGCUUCGGCAUCGAUCAGAUCCUCAGCGGCGGAGAGCCGGAGAGCCAAAAACGACAACAACAGCAACAACAACAGCAACAACAACAACAGAACUCGACACAGAACAGUCCGGACAGCGCGCACGGUCACCGAGCGGCCAGCCCGAGUCCCUACCCUGCGCUCUCGGGCGCUUUUCACGGUCUGGCGGCUCCGUAUGAUGAAUCCGGUGCGUACGGGCCGAACUUCGCUCUGGCGCCCGGCGGUGUGAUCAGAGUCCCGGCGCACAGACCGCUCACCGCCGCCGUGCCCCCCACCGUCCCCGCGCUCAGCGGCAUCGGCUUCCCCUGGAUGGAGAGCAGCCAGCGCUUCGCCAAAGACCGCUUUGCAGCGGCCCUGACGCCCUUCACGGUGGUCGCGCGGCGGAUCGGUCACCCGUACCAGAACCGGACGCCGCCCAAGCGGAAGAAGCCGCGCACGUCGUUCUCGCGCGCGCAGAUCUGCGAGCUGGAGAAGCGCUUCCACCGGCAGAAGUAUCUGGCCAGCGCCGAGCGCGCGGCUCUAGCCAAGACCCUGAAGAUGACCGACGCGCAGGUCAAAACGUGGUUCCAGAACCGGAGGACCAAAUGGAGACGGCAGACGGCGGAGGAGCGCGAGGCCGAGCGACAGCAGGCCAACCGUCUGAUGAUGCAGCUUCAGCACGACGCCUUCCACAAGUCUCUGAGCGAGCCGCUGCCGGCCGACCCGCUGUGCAUGCACAACUCGUCCCUGUUCGCCCUGCACAACCUGCAGCCGUGGGCCAGCGAGGAGGGCGCCAAGCUCACCGCGCUGGCGUGAGACCCCCAGUACAAACACCCUGUCUUACCCCAUCGCCCCCCUCCCAAUCACCCCUAAUCACCCCCAUCACCCCCCCACGCCUCACUCUCUAAUCAGCACGCAGCUGCAUCUCCAACAACGAUGGGACGUUUUCUGUACAGAGCAAAAUACGACAUCUCUGGAGCUGAAGAUGAGCUCCGAAACGAACAUACAAACACACGCAAAGCUGCUGCAGUGAGAGACUCAUCUUUCUAUCUUUCUGUCUGUUUUUUUUUCUGUCCAUCUCUCUUUCCAUCUCUCUCUCUCCAUCAUCUCAUCAUGCUGAGGGAACGCCGCUGAGAGACAUAACCGAGGAUAAAUUAUUCAGAACAUGACCUCCCACGGCCCCUACAAUGGGCAAUUUGAACAUAAAGCUAACAAGGACACACACACACACACACACACACACACACAAGCCUGAGAGAAAAUCAGUACUGCUUACAUUUUAGUAAGGGUCAAGGGCUAUUCUGCUGUUUCGUCUUCAGUUUCUAACGGCUGAGGAAAGCGCACCGCGAUUUUGCCACAUGAAGUUAACAUUUAAUCGACCAAUCACAAUCUUGAAAUCAUAUGACAUCACCAAAACUAGCUAAAUUAGCUAAAUUGUGAAUUGGAUUUUACAUAAAGUUAAAAAAAUCUCAUUUAUUUAGUUUACUGUCAGUUGGCCGACUAAGGAGCGCAAAAUUAUGAUGCAAUUAUGUGAAUGAAUGCUUUAUUUUAUGUUAUUGCCUAAUUAUUACACAAGUAAUAUAGUGAGAUAAAAAUCUAUAAAACUUUAAUAAAAAAAAAUCUUAAUAUACUUAAUAUUUGUCAGUGAACAUGGCUACACAGUAUAAUAACCUGAGGUUUGCUAACUUGCUAACAAUCACAGAGACUGGUCGUAAUCACACAAAAUAGUUGUUAUAUGUAUACAAGUAGCUAUAUUUUAUUAUUAUAUACUAAUUAGCAUAAUAUUUACUAGCAUGUUAGCAAAUCUGGCUCCUGGUUUUACACAUUAAGUACACAUUUACUGAUUUAUACACAAUAUAAGAGCCUAAUGUUAACUCUCUUGCUAGCAAACAUGGCUACUAGUUUUAGAUAUAUCAUGUAACAUCAUGUAGCUAGUGCUAGGCAGCCUGGCUUAUGGUUUAACUACAGUAUAACAGUUUUUCUAAGGUUAGAUAGUUUACUAAUAUUAGAUAGUUUACUGGUGAAGUCGGCUAGCUGCUUAAUGUCAAAUAGCUGGUACUAAACAGGCACCGUUAGCAUUGAGAGAGGCUUAUCCUGGCUGCUAUGGCACUUUUUUGAGACUGAAUGAUAGAGAAUUAGCCAAUACAAAGCAGGAUUAUUCAUAUAUUUUAUACAAAUAUCAGCAUGUAAUAAUAUAGCUUGAAGUUUCAGGUGCCUUAUGCUAGUUAUCUGGUUUGUGCAGCACGCUUGCAUAACUAUUAUAUUUCGGAUUCCAACAAGAAUUAUGUGCUAGGAAAUAAAGUUAAAAAAAGUCAAGUGGUGAUGUCAUAUGAUCAAGUUUGCGAGUAGUUGGUCAAAGUCUAACGUUCUGACUCGACAAAAUCGUGAUUUUAGUGCGUUAGUGACAAUGCUCAUCUCAUUUUUGUUUUAUUUUUAAAUCAUAAGGCAUUAUUUCAGAAAUGACGACUGAAUUGUGAGACUCUUAUAAGAAAAUGGCUGUACAGUGCUGAAGGUGUGCCAUGAAGAGAUAAGUUAUAUACAGUGGUGAAUAAAAUGUUUAAGAUGUUUCUAAAACACUCUCGAUGCAUCCAAAUGAGGUGUAUUAUACAUUGUAUUGUAAUUCAUAUGUAAAUAGCUGAAAAUGUAAUUAAACUCUCCUUUUUUUGGCUUCUAACUUUCUUUUGUGUUGCUUUUGCAAAUCGUCACUUCUCUACUCUAAGAUGGUGAGAUGAGAGUUGCGUUUUAACUGGACACCGUUAUGCACGCCGCAGCACUGAAGCACUUAGGGCCUCGCCGAGAUAAACGCAGGCUCCUGUGGGAUCGUAAACAUGGCCGCCGAUUUCCCACCGAGUGCUGACUCUCAGGAAUUGACCCGCCUGAGAGAGAGAGAGAGAGAGAGAGAGAGAGAGAGACGGUGGGAGCAAAUGGAGCGCCGUCCAUUAUAAAACGAUUUAACAUUAACAUCAACAUUAAAAUACUGCAUA